AUGAUCAUACCUGGUUAUCUAGAAAGAGCCCUCUCUCGCUGUUUUUCAUCCUCUCCUGUGUCUUUAAUAAGCACAAGGUUCCUCUGGGAGCCAUUUUGUUUGAUGCAUUCACUCCCAUAGGAUUUCAAAAUCACAUCCAUGGACCAUUUAAAAAGAGCUGCAAGUGAUGGGAAUCUCCUAUUUCACCUGAUCGCGGUCAAAGAGGAAGAUAAAUUUGCUUCUCUUGAGAUGAGAACAUCAAUACAAAGUGAGAUAAACCGAAAAGGGAGAAGUAUCCGAGCGUGGACUUAAUCUAAUCCAGACGAGGCUGUAGUGCUCUGAAGAUGUGCUUCUUUUCCUUGGAGCAAAGGGGGUUAUCCAGAGAAGAAAGACUGACGAUUAGUGCUGUCCAAGGAGAAAACACUGUGUCAAGCUCCUAGACUCAGUUUGCUGGGUUACACAGCUCCCCCUGUUGUGGAUUGACUGGAGAUCAAACCAGUGUGGAUUUCAGGGAUCAGAUUUGACAGCUUCACUUCACAACCUAUCGAGCAUGGCCAGAUGUAACGUAGCUACAGUGACUGAUCAAGGGGCCUCGUGUCAGAGCAUGAGGCAAUGCAACCUGCUACAGAGGAGGAACAUGAGUGACCUAUGAGCCUUCGCUGUCCCCUGCCUCGUCAUGGCCACGCUCGCCCGCAGCGCACCUCUGCCGGCGGGGAGCGCACUUGUUGAGGGGCCGCAGUUCCAGGAGCUGUUGCAGCGGAGCCGCAGCCUGGCGCACAAGAUCCUGCUCUCCGUGCCCGACGCGCACAGAUCCUGCAUCCACACAGAGACUCUGCAGCUAGACUCCACAGAAAAUGCCAAGCUUGAGAUAAUGGCAGCCAACAUUGGCAUCCUUCCGGCUCCUGUGCUCAGAGCCGUGUCAGAAAACUUCACUUUGAAUACCUGUUUGACCCGCAUGUCUGAGGGUCUUCAGCUGCACCGGGCCUUACUGAGCGCUGUUUCUGAAAGGCUGCAGAGCAAAAACAAAGUGACUGAGCUAAUGGCCGACAUCAGAGACCUCACCAUUCAGAUCAACAAGAUGUUGCAGAAAGAGGGAGUGGUGCAACCCUCGCCGACCCCGGUUGCUUUACGUCUGCACGGGGAAUACGAGGUUCAGGUGGCGGCGCAUCUGACUCUGGUGCAGCUCCAGUCGUUUGGGCGGGACGUCACCCGCUGCCUCAGGAACCUGGACCAGAGCAACGAAGAGGAGGCGGAGAGCUGACCAACGGGUGUCGGGCUCUAAAUGCUUUUGGCUUUUGUUCCAAAAGUGCCUUAUCCUGCCAUUUUUUUGUCAUGGCACUUUAUUUAUUUAUUUACUAAAAAGAUUAUUUAUUAUUAAUAUUGUAUUUUUAUCAAGCAAGAUGUGUAAAGGAUGUCACUCAAGCAAGACAGGGGCAGUGGAUGAAAUUAAGAGCAUAGAGAAAAGGAAGAUCAGCUGGAAGGCGCUGUGGGGAAUGGAAGCAAGGAUUAGCUUCCUGCUUAGAGCAAACUAUGACGUCCUUCCCAUCACGAAUAUCCAUCCUGCCCACUAUGCUCGACUCCAGCUACCCUCAGGCACAUCCUCACUGGUUGUAAAAUAAGCCUCUCCUAAGGUUGAUAUACGUGGAGACACAACCAGGUACAAAAAUGCCUUGCAGCAACAAUUGAAACAAAGAGAACUGGGACUGGGGGAUGUUGGUGGACGUGGGCCAGCGGCUUUCAGCCCAAUCACAUAUUGUCACUACCACACUGAGAGUACUCCUGGGAGGAAGCUGUGGAUGAAGCGGAUGAGAAGAAAAGGCGGCGGUAUGAAGACAUGUAGUAAAGACGCAGAGCAACAUGGCUGGAAAUUAAUAUUUAAGUAACAUCCACCAUCAGGUUGCUCAAAGUUCUGGGGAUAUUGCACAUAUUCAUCAUCUUGUCCUAUAUUCUAAAAUGAUAUAAUGUAUUUAUUUAUUAAUGUGGAAUAUUUUGUAUUUAUUUAUUUAGCUUUGUUUUGCUCCGUUAUGUUUUAUCCUGCUGACUUCAACUAUUUAACGCAUGCUCGCACAAAAGCAUUGAAAAUUAAAUCACUAUCAAGUCUCAGAUGAAAUCUAACAAUAUAUUUGAGUAGUCCGACAACUAUACUUACUCUUUCUCUUCAUAACAGAUUUUAAUAUCAGUAAUGUGUAAGAAAACAGUAAGUGUAUGAACUUUAUCAACCAUUAACACUCAUGUUAGGGACAUUUUUAAAUGAAAAUUAUUUUGGAGUGAAACCUUUUAAAAACUGUAUGUUCUGAUCUUUUCUAUAAAAAAAAUAAAAAAACUCUUCCUGAAAA